CUAUUAGUCGACAACACCUCUGCUUGUAUAGACAUUCCAGCCCCGAACGAACUCGCUGCCAUGCCUGAAUCAGAGGCAAGAGGGCACACGUUGACGAGACGUUCACCACGAGACAAGGUGCUGCUCCGCCUCCAAAAAUGCACACAAAUAGCGGACUUCCUCUCGCUCCCACACGCGCUGUUGCCGUUUGAAAUAUAUCGCAGGCACCUCCAAGGCGAAGACCUUCAUGGAGCAACCGUCGACGGUCCUGACCAAGUUCAAGAGCUACAAGGCCGAGUACACGAGAGUGUGGCUCUGGCUUGACACAGGCAAGAGGGCACACGUUGACGACACGUUCACCACGAGACAAGGCACCUCCAAGGCGAAGACCUUCAUGGAGCAACCGUCGACGGUCCUGACCAAGUUCAAGAGCUACAAGGCCGAGUACACGAGAGUGUGGCUCUGGCUUUACACGUAGGUUUUGCGGGAAAGUCGGAUUCUCAGUGCAGCGUAUUUCCCUCUCUCGUGGCGUCGCACACUCCGAAAACCGGGAGGCGAAAGCAAUGCAACCCUAAUUUCGUGUGUGGAAAACAAAAUCGACGGUGCUUGACGUGAGGAUAUUCGUAAAAUCACGAGGGUUCUACAUGCCUGUGUUGGUCAAGCAUGUGUGUGCGUGCGUGUGUUUGUCGUCAAGUAGUCUACAUAAAACGGGAGGAUGAAGACACACACACACUUUCAUUGGUCAGCCGG